GAAGAAUUUGAGGGAAAAAAAUCGCUUUUUCCGCCGGAACCGCCGCGCUCGGGAGAGGAGCGAAGGAGCCGCGGACUGGGGCAGAACCGCGAGGAUUUGGGAAAAGAUUCCCGAGCAAAAAUUGUAAAUUUUGAGCUCCGCGGGCCGGUUCUGUUUUCAGAAUUCCGCAUUUUGGUUCCAUUUUCCGCCUCGCUCUUUCCGCUUCUCCCGCAGUGAAAGAGCGGCUGAAUAAAGAAAUGAAGAAAUGAAAAUAGAAAUAGGAACACACCAAGCAGGAAUUUUCUCGUGCACGAAUCCCAACCCCAAAAAUCACCGGAAUAUUCCAAGGCGAGGUGAAAAUUCCCGGUUUUUCCCUCCCUUCCCACGCCGGGAGCUCCCGCUCGCCUCCCUCUGCUCCCGAUUCAUUUUUGUUUAAACCCAAAAAGAACCGGGAAAGCUCCGCUGGGGACCCCGGGAAUUCCCCCAAAUCCCGGCCGGGAUUUUUUGGGAUGAGCCCUUCAUCCCCCGCGCUCCGAAAUCCCGUUUCCCGCCGGUUUUUAGGGAAAAAAACCCCUAAAUUUGGGGAAUUCAAGGCCGGAAAGCGCACGCGGGCUCCGCUCGGAGAUUCCCCAAAUCCCCAAAAAUCCCCCCAAAUCCCAACCGCAGCCCCCGGGAGGCUGUGGCGUUAAUUAAGGAGCCGCUAAUGAGCAGCGGCCUCGCUCCCGCCGGGAUCCUCGGGAAUUCCCGGGACGGGGGAGGGACCCCGGGAACGUCACCGGGGGCCGGGACGGGACCGGGGGGGGCCCGGGCCGCGCUCCCUUCUUAAUUCUCUUAAUUAUUUGAUUGCCUUAAUUCCGUUAAUUCCUGCUCUUUCCUAAUGAUCUGUUUCUUCUGCGCUGCUCUUUCGUGGGCUCCCGCCGGCACCAUGAGCACCGAGACGCUGGUCAAGGACGUCAAACCGGGGCUCAAGAACCUCAACCUCAUCUUCAUCGUGCUGGAGACGGGCCGGGUGACCAAGACGAAGGACGGCCACGAGGUGCGGACGUGCAAAGUGGCCGACAAGACCGGCAGCAUCAACAUCUCGGUGUGGGACGAUGUGGGGAACCUCAUCCAGCCCGGGGACAUCAUCCGGCUCACCAAGGGCUACGCCUCGGUCUUCAAGGGCUGCCUGACGCUCUACACCGGCCGCGGGGGGGACCUGCAGAAGAUCGGCGAGUUCUGCAUGGUCUACUCCGAGGUGCCCAACUUCAGCGAGCCCAACCCCGAGUACGUGGCGCAGCAGUCGCAGGGCAAAGGGGCCCAGAACGAGAGCGCGACCCCGGCAGCUCCCCAGCCCCCCCAGGGCCCCCCCGCCGCCCCCCCAGCCCCCGACAGCCAGAACGGGAACGGGCUGAGCCCGGGGGGCCCCGCGCACCCCCCCGCCGCCCCCCCGCACCCCCCGAGCGGCCGCAUCACCCGCAGCCAGCCCGGCCACCCCAACCCCGUCAGCAACGGCAAAGAGACGCGCAGGAGCAGCAAGAGAUAACGGGGACCCCCCCGCGGACCCCCCCCCCCCGGACCCUCCCCGGGACCACCGGCAGCUGGGGGCGGAGGGGGGGGUGGUCCCUGGUGCCCCAGCCCCGG